AUGGACCAGGAGGCCCAGGAUGCCAUGCUGAUUGUACAUCUUUCAGAAGCAUUCAAUAAGGACGAGGUGUGGCAGCUGGCCGCCGCAGAAGCAUGGAGCAAGGCCACGAAUCUGGAACGUGUGCUAAUUCGCGGUAGCACAGAGGCCAAACAGCUGAAGCUCGUGGAUGUGCUUAUCCGUAAAACCUCGGCGGCUGGCCUCGGUGCGGGGAGCGCGGCUGGAGCCGGCGCGGCGGCAGGGCCGGGCCCCGGGAGCACGGCAGCUGACGGAGGCGCAUGGAUGCGGCUGGAAUUUGAGAAGCUUGCGAUAUCCUCUCUUAACAAGAUUCAAGCGACUCUGACGAACCUCCAGCUAUCUGUCCCCAUAGUCACGGUCACUCCAUCAUCCUGCUCAUCGACACAAUGCAAGCGGAUAGAGGAGGCAGUGAGCGUGCGGUUCAACUAUGUCACAGCCGCUCAGGCGCCGUGCUGCUGUCCAUUUGCGAAGCCCUGGUCUCCCGAGGAGCCAUCCAGGUUCAGCUGGGGAAGGGCCGAUGUGGUGGUCCUCCCUGUGCAGGCCAUCGAGUGGCUGGCGGGUGGGGUCCUCUGCGGCGACAUCAACAUCGUAAUCAAGACGUCCAAGACGUCCAAGAUGGACUACAUCUUCGUCCCUGAGGCAGCCUGGAAGGAUUGCCAGGAGCGGUUCGGUGCGGAGCUGUUUGAAGGGUAUAAGCUGCGCGUCACGUCGGGCACGAUGACUAGUGCGCUGCUGUCCAUGCUUGACUCAGUCAUUGCGCUGUACGAGGCCAAGACCGAGAAGGCCCUGAAGGACAGCCUGCCGAGUGUGCGUGCCCAGGCGCUGCUCGAGUAUCUGGCGAUCAACCAGAUGAAGGACUGGCCGACUGACGAUGUGAUCGUGCUGUUCGGUGACCUCAACCAACACUUCGUGGUGCACGCCGGCCGCAAGGAUGCAGACAUGCCAAAGAGAUCCAUUCACGUGGCGGGGCCGGCCCCACUUCCCGCUGUGCUGGAGGAGUCCCCCUCUACAGUGGCAGACAGGAGCCCUCUGAGCUCAACGCUUGGGUUCAUACGGGCUCUGCUGGAGACAAGCCGGACUGAAGAGGCCAGCAGUACCGGUGGAGGUUUGGGGCGAGGGGCCACCAGGAACGAUGAGGGAGGUUCUGGCAGCUGCAGGCAAGGCACCACCAACAGCCGCAGGGAAGGGGCCCACGGUAGCGGGGGAGCCGCCAGCGGCAGUGGAGGCAGGGGGGCUGGCAGUGACAGCGGCCAUAGUGAUGCCGCUGAUGCCGCCGACAACUGGGCAGGGGCUGGCAGCGGCAGGAGGCACGGAAGGUCUGGCAGCAGCAGUGCUGACAGCUCAGGCAGCUCGGUUGGCGGAGAGAGCUUUGAUGGGGAUGAGGGGAUUCUGGAGGCAGCACGGGACAACGUGAGUGCGCAGGCCUUCAUGUCGCUCCUGCGGCUGCCCGAGGUGUACGAGCCGCUGGGGUUCAAGGAGCCGCCCAAGUCCUUCCGACCCCCAACGAAGGAGGAGUUGCUGGCCAGGUUCCGGCCUUUUGAGGUCAUUCAUACUGCAGCACUACCGCAGCCUCUGCCGCAUGCACUGCUGGUGGUGACAAGGUGCUCCCCGGCAGCACAGGGCAUCACUAAGCCGCACUGUCCUGCCGUCGCAUCCUUCCACCACCGCUGGGGUGGGCAUGAACAGCAGGGGCUUGGCACCAUUGAGCUGGGCCACUGGGUGUGGCGGGACUCUGGCGGUGUGGGUCUGAGCCUCGACCGGGCACAGCGGGAUGGCAAGAUGGCUGGGAGCUGGACCUUCCGGGACUGUCGCUCCAUAGAAAACGUCCUCAUCGGGCUUCAAACUGCAGAGCUGCAGGAGCCGCCCAUCACAGGCAGUGUGUCGGAGUUGUCGGAGGUCAAGAGCAUGAGCAGUGCUCCUGCUGCACUGUCGACCGCACGGACACAGUUCGCGCGCGGCUUGCGGCGGGCCUAUUCGAACGCUGUGCCGAGUGGAAUGGCUAUGGGAGGGCCCGCUGCCAGCAGCAGCACUAGCGGUGGCAUCGGAACCAGCAAGCCCCAGGCGUGGGCUCCCCCGAACGGCAUCCUCAAAAUUAACCCAGCGCUGCUCCAAGCGGGCGGUCUGGACGUGUCCAGGGAGGGUCCUCAGGCUCGAGCCUCCUUCGAGGGCCACCUAUCUUCCUUGUUCCUGCCGGUCAACCUGGACCACCCGGGGCUCAGGGUGCUCAACAUCGAUCCCCCAGUGAUAACGGUGGAGGGCUUCCUGUCGGCCCCCGAGUGUGACGGCAUCGUGAGAAGUGCGGCGGACAGUGGCUUGAUGAAGCAGUCCGGUGUGGGUGUUAGUGGCUACCAGGUCAAGGAUACGGAGAAUGUGAGGACUAGCAGCACCCUGGCAGCCACCGCGGAGCCCGGUCAGACGGCGUUCGAACUGCCGCAAGUGGCCAGAUACCAGCCUGGCCAGCAUUUCUUGACCCAUGAGGACGCCUUUCCCGCGGCCGUGGUGGGGAGCAAGGGGUAUCAGCGGAGAGCGACACUGCUGGUCUACCUGAACGACUGCGAACAAGGCGGGGCCACCAAGUUCGAUAUCCUGGACAUUGCCGUACAGCCCCGCAAGGGCACGGCGUUGCUGUUCUUCCCCGCCUUCGCAAAUGGAAUGCCGGACAGGCGCACCCUCCACACGGCCCAGGACGCAGUGAGUGAGAAGUGGGUAACGCAGCUGUGGCUCAGUUGUGGGGUACGGACUUCAGUACAGCAGCAGUCGGGGGGCCCCGGCGGCGUGCCGGGUUUUGUACGGGGAACGCGGGGCACUGGCGGGGGCGCGCCGCCUGUCCCCAAGGGUCGAAAGCGCGGUGUUCCGCCGCAGCGAAUCAACACUAAGAUCUAA